AUGCGUGCGGCUACGGAGAGUGCCUCUCGCCGCGCGCUGCUGUCGCUCUGCUCCGCUCUGCUGGCGACUCCCACGCCAAGCCCUGCCGCAGCGGCGGCCGCGGCUGCAGCGGCACGCGGGCUGCAGACCUUUGACAUCGCCGCCUCGGAUCUCGACCGCCGCAGCUUCCGUGGCAUGCAGCUCAGCAACGGACUGCGGGUGCUGCUGUGCUCAGACCCCGAGGCGGGCAAAGCGGCCGCCUCGAUGAACGUGGCGGUCGGCUCCAUGUCAAACCCGGUGGAGUGGCCGGGGCUGGCGCACUUCUGCGAGCACAUGCUCUUUCUCGGCACCAAGCGCUUCCCGGGCGAGGGCGAAUUUGAGAGGUUCAUUGCGGCCAACGCUGGAUCGAACAAUGCCUUCACCGGCUCCGAGGAGACAAACUACUUCUUCUCGGUGAACGGCGACGCGUUGCCUGGUGCGCUAACACGCUUCGCCGACUUCUUCACCGCGCCGCUCUUCAGCGAGAGCGGCACCACUCGCGAGGUGGACGCCAUCGACGCGGAGCACGCAAAGAACCUGCAGUCAGACUUUUGGCGCUCGGACGCCGUGCUGCGCCUCCGCGCGCGGCCAGACCACCCAUACUCGCGCUUCUUCACCGGCAACCGGCAGACUCUGCGGGGAGGCGACGCCGACGCGCGUGCCGCACUCUUCGCCUUCCACCGGGCCUUCUACCGCGCUCCGCAGAUGGCGCUCGCCGUCGCGGGGCCGCAGUCGCUCGACGCGCUACAGCGGCUUGUGCAGGCAAACUUCGGCGCGCUCCCGCCUGGGCCGGCGCCUCCCGCGAGCGCCGCGUACGACGCGUUGCCUCCGCCGUUUGACACGCAGCCGCAGGCGGAGCCGCCGGUGGCGACGGUGCUGGUUCCCGUGCGAGAGCAGCGCUCGGUGACGGUGACGUGGUGCCUGCCCGUGGAGGACCCGGACGAGUGGUGGCGCGCCAAGCCCGACUCAACCGUGCUUCUCAAGGCAAAGGGACUGGCGAGCUCCGUCGACGGCUCUAUCGACGAGUUCACGCGCUCCUUCGUCGUCCUGACGGCGUACAUCGGCCUCACGCCGCAGGGGCUGCAGCGCUGGCCCGAGGUGGUCUCUGCCCUCUUUUCGUACCUCGCGCUGCUGCGCGAGGAGGGAGUGCCGCCUCACGUCUACGCCGAGGAGCGGCGGAUGCGCGAGUUGGCCUUCGCGUUCGCCGAGCCCGCGCCGCCGAGCAGCUUUGUGCAGAGCGCCUCCGGCAACCUCUUCCUCUUCCCGCCUCGGGAGUGGCUGCGCGGCCCGCUGCUUGCGGGCGAGGGGGCGGAGCCGCUCGUGAGGUCAAUCCUCGAGGGGCUCACGCCGCAGGCGGCGGUCGUCAAGCUGACUGCGCGCGAGCUGGCCCCGCUGGCAACACGAGUCGAGCCCGUCUACAGCGCGAGCUACGGCGAGAUGCCGAUCGGCAGGGAGGUGGCCGCGUGGUCGGCAGCCCCGCGCCUCGAUGGCCUGGCGGUGCCGCCGCCCAACCGGUUCAUCCCCACAGACCUGAGCAUCAAGGCGCUGAGCAUCAAGGCGCGGGGCGCGUCGACUGCCCAGGGCGGCGGCGGCGCGGCGCGGCGCGUCAAGCCGGCGCUGCUGCUCAACACAGACUCUGACGAACGGUUUGGGAGGCCCAAGGCGUUCGCCUUCGUCUCGCUGCGCACGCCGCAGCUGUACGAGAGUGCCGCCGCCGCGGCUCAGGCCGAGCUCUACGCGGCGCUCCUCUCCGACGCGCUGCAAGACGUGACGUACCAGGCGGCACGCGCAGGGCUCUCCGCGGGCGCCUCCGUCGGUUGGCAGGGCCUGUCUCUCUCCCUCUCGGGGUACGACCAGCGGCUGCCCGAGUUGGCGGCGCUCGUGGCCGACUCGCUCCGCACGUUUGACGUGGCGCCGCUCGCGUUCGAGCGGCAGCGCGACGGCUUGCUCCGCCAGCUGAGAGGCGCGGACAAGCGGCAGCCCGUCGAGCAGGCGGCGUACCGGCGCAACCUCGCUCUCGAGACGCCGCGCUACACCAACGAGCAGCUCGCCGCCGGGCUCGAGAAGGCGACGCUGCCGCAGGUCCUCGGCCUGCAAAGGCGGCUGCUGCCCGAGGUUGAGGUCGAGGCGCUGCUCUGCGGCAACGUCGCGGAGGGACAGGCGACACAGCUCGUGCUGAAGCUGCUGAACGCACUGGGCUCGCGGCCGCUGCCGGUGGCGCGCCGCCCCGUGCGCCGCGUGCGCGUGCUUCCCGCUGGGGAGCGCACGCUGCAGCAGUUCGUCGCGGCGAGUCAGGCCGAGGUCAACUCUGCGACGGAGGUCUACUUCCAGGUUGGCGGCGACGAGGCCGACGACUGGGUGCUGCUCACGCUGCUGAGCCAGUUGAUGCAGCAGCUGGGCUACAUCGUGCAGUGCAGCGCCAACGAGAUUGACGGCGUGCGAGGGCUCUCCUUCCUCGUGCAGAGCAAGGUUGCCGCGCCCGAGGCCGUGGAGGAGCGCAUCGAGGCGUUCCUGCGGCUCUUCCGCGGCACCCUCCUCCUGCUCGGCGAGGCGGAGGUGCAGUCAUACGCCGCCUCCAUCGCCGCGCAGUUCACCGACGCGGGGCGGCUGUGGGCCGAGUGCACGCGGCGGAGAUACGACUUUGAGCGGCCGUGGCGCAGCGCCGAGAAGGUCAAGCGCCUAACGCGCGAGCAGCUGAUCGCCUUUUUCGACCGCCACGUAGCGAGCGGCAGCCCGACGCGCCGGCAGCUGUCGACACACGUGUACGCGCAGAGCAUGGCGCCACCCCAGCUGCGGGUGCAGCUGCCGGGAGACGAUUUCUACCCGGCGCCGAGGGACUUGCUACUCGUGUAG